AUGAGUAACAAGACAUUAACUAAGUAUAAGAUAGUAUUUCUUGGGGAACAAGGUGUUGGUAAAACAUCUCUAAUCACACGAUUUAUGUAUGAUACAUUUGAUGAACAUUAUCAAGCUACUAUUGGGAUUGAUUUUCUUUCGAAAACCAUGUAUUUGGAUGAUAAAACAAUUCGAUUACAAUUAUGGGAUACUGCUGGUCAGGAAAGAUUCCGUUCUUUGAUUCCUUCAUAUAUCCGUGAUUCUCGAGUGGCAAUUGUUGUCUAUGAUAUUACUAAAAAAAAAUCAUUUGAAUAUAUUGAUAAAUGGAUUCAAGACGUCAAGAAUGAAAGAGGAGAUGAUGGAGUGAUUCUUUGUAUUGUGGGGAACAAGAGCGAUUUAUCGGAUCAAAGACAAGUAUCUAAUGAAGAGGGAGAAAAUAAAGCCAAAUUAUUGGGAGCAGAUAUAUUUAUGGAAACUUCUACUAAAGCGGGCUAUAAUGUCAAGAAUUUAUUUAAAAAGAUUGCCAAGUCUUUACCAGAGUUUGAAAAUACAGAAGGUAAUCCCUUAGAGAAUGAAGAAAGAGCGGGUGUCAUUGAUAUUGGAGAGAAUGAAGAGCCCAAACAAGAAGCUGGAUGCCAAUGUUAG